UGGUGCUGGUGGUCAGUACAUACAGGCUUUGUUUGUGCUGUUUGACAGUGUGUGGGGCGGCGAGACGUCGUGCAGUGUCGGCUUAACGAAAGAAAACAAAACAUCAGAGCCAGAUUCCUACGGGCUGUUGUUGAGGCGUAGGGUAGAAGCUGACAAGUGUUCACACCCAAAAAAUUGUUAUGACACUUUACCGGAAACAGACGCGCUACAUCAAGGACAAGGAAGUUCCGAUGUCACGUUUGUUUUUCUUUGACUUAUGAAUAUUUGACUGGGUUGUGUGGGCGUGUGUUAGCGAGAAUACGGAGGAUUUCCAGGGAGUACGAGUAUGUCCCUCGUGCACUGCCCGUGAUCCUGACCUUCACGUGUGACGUGUUACAUCGUGACUCAUUCUAGAGCCACAAGGCUUCAAGACAUAAAUGAAGCAUAGGAGCUGCAGAAAGAGAAUUGAAGCAAACAAGCUGUGCAUCUUCUGAAGGGUGAGGAAGAAGUACAAGUGUGUGUCAUCAGGAUAAUGUACAGAUAGCCUCGUCCAUCAUGGGUCUCUUCACUACCACUAAGAAAUUCCGCGGCCAGAACUACUCCAGAUUGAAGAAGGAGUGUCUCAACAGAGGAGAAAAGUUCAGUGAUCCCAAAUUCCCACCCCAUGACUCCACGCUGUACUACUCCAAGCAGCCUCCCGGCGUCAUCACUUGGAAGAGGCCCCAUGAAAUAGUAGACAAACCUCAGCUGUUCAUUGAGGGUGCCAGUGCCAAGGAUGUGACUCAAGGGCAGCUGGGCAACUGCUGGUUUGUAGCAGCAUGUGCCACCCUUGCUGGGGUCAAGGAGCUCUGGCAUAAGGUCAUCCCGGACUACAAGGACCAGGAGUAUGGAGAGCUACAUCCAGGCAUCUUCAACUUUCGCUUCUGGAGAUUUGGGGAGUGGGUGGAGGUUGUGAUAGAUGAUUUGCUGCCAACAAUUGAAGGCAAACUCAUCUUUACUCACUCCAAGGAGAGAGGAGAAUUCUGGUGUGCCUUAUUAGAGAAAGCUUAUGCCAAACUGUAUGGUUCUUAUGAAGCACUUGAGGGGGGAAAUCUCAGUGAUGCUCUGGUAGAUCUCACCUCUGGAGUGUCAGCCCAUCUGGACCUGACAAUUGGAGGAUAUGUAGAUGACUUUGAGAAGCGGAAACAGCUCUUUAAGAUGAUGACAAAAGAAAUGAGUGAACACUCACUGAUGUGCUGUGCCAUAACUACUGGAGAAACCUUCCCUCGGCCACACAGCCAUGAGGAGGCAGAGAUGAGGACAAAUGUUGGGUUGGUGAAGGGCCACGCGUAUGGAGUUACUGCAUGCCGCAAAAUCAACAUUGGAGAUACUGGCCUUUUCUCUAUCUUUAAAGGUGCCCAGAAGGUGAGGAUGGUGCGCCUCAAGAACCCCUGGGGAGAGCGAGAGUGGAAUGGAGCUUUCAGUGAUGGUACAGAGAGAAGUGGGUUUGUGUAUUCUACCUCGCAACUGACCAGAAUGUACUCCAGAUCACCUGAAUGGUCAAAAGUCUCAGCAUCAGAGCGGCAAAAGCUUGGCCUUACUUUUGAGGAUGAUGGUGAAUUCUGGAUGACAUUUGAAGAUUUCCUGGAGCAUUUUACAGAUCUUUCUAUCUGUUUCCUCAUCAAUACAAAGUUUUUAAGCUUUAGUAAAACUUGGCAAGAGACAACUUUCUUCAGUUCUUGGACCAUUGGUGUGCAAGGUCAUAACACAGACAGGGCAGGUGGAUGCCCAAACCACAAGGAAACAUUUUUACGUAAUCCGCAGUAUAGGUUUGAUGUCAGAGAAGAAACAGAUGAUAUCAUAUUUCAGUUGAUGCAGAGAGAUGCAAGAGAACAUAAACAGGAAGGAAUGCAGAACCUUGUCAUAGGUUUUCAUAUAAUGAAGGUCGAAGAAAACAGAAAAUACAGAGUCCAUCGGAUUCACGAUGCAGUAGCCACGUCUGACUACAUCCGCACUCGAUCAAUCUUCCUGCGGGAACAGCUAAAGCAGGGCCGCUAUGUCAUCAUUCCCACAACUUUCAAGCCUGAUGAGACAGGGGACUUUCUCAUGAGAAUAUUCACUUCAAAAGAUCCUGAUGCCAAAGAACUGGUCCGAGACCAACCCAAGAAUCCCUGGUACUCUUGCUUCAAGAAAGCAGUCAUGGUCACCACAAUUACAGUAAAGUGUGCCAAUAACUUAGAAAAGCAAACUGCAUUUGGAGAAUGGGUCAAUCAGGCAGGAGCGAUGUAUAGGAGUAGUCUGCAAAAGAGGCGGAGGAAACAUCACCGUCGCAUUAUUGAUGUUGAUCCUUACAGGGACAGUCGAGACUUGAGCUCCCCAGGUGAAGCUGAUGCAUACUGUAUCAUAAAAUGUGAGGGAGAGACAGUUCGCACCCCAGUUGAAAAGGGAACAUCAAACCCCAAUUGGAACACAACAGCCAUCUUCUACCGAUCCAAGCCUGAACAGCCCAUUGUGAUUGAGAUCUGGAACAGCAACAUGUUGGUUGAUGGUUUCAUUGGUCGGGCUGAAGUGACUGCACCCAUCAACCCAACCCAUACCCAGGUCCAACUCUCACUGUAUGGUAGACGCAAGGAAAAAACUGUAGAAAAGCAAGGGCAGCUUCUUGUGCAGGUGUAUAGUGAUGAUGAUCUGACCAGCAUCUAACUUCCCAUUUAUAUUUAAUCAGAGCUAAGUGAUAGCAUUGCAAUUUCAUUUACUUUGAUGCGAUUUCUCUUCAACCUUGAGUAAGAAGUUUGUGAAAAAAGUUUUUUUUUAUAAUUUUAGUUAAAUAAGAUUUUUUUGACUGACCUAAGUCAAACCAUAAAAUAACAUAUACAAUUCAUUGAUUCUGAGCUGCUAACUGAUAUUUUGAUUAAAUAUGAAGCUUUGAUUGCCAUCAUUAUCCAAAUCUGAACUUGCUGGCUUUUCAAAUUACAAGUUACAUGAACGUCAGUAUGCAUUCUGGCUUUGUGCUGCAGAUUGACACAGAUAGGUGAGAGUGCAAGGAAAGAUGCAAAGAGGUUUUAUGUGUAUUCUUCUAACAUGACUAUUGACUAAUACGUCACAUAAUUUUUUUACAGUAUUUGCUUAGUUAAGAAUGUGUGCAAGUUAUGAAUGGAUGUGUAAAGGUAUGAUGCCUGAGAAAAGAAAAAAAAAUGUUUGCUAUCCUCAUGAAUUUCCUCAUACAUGUGCAUGAAAGAAUACACUCUCAUUUAGUACACACACACAUACACAAACACACACACACACACACACACACACACACACACACACACACACACACACACACACACACACACACACACACACACAGUGUUAUAAAUAACAAAACAAUUUAUAGUUUGAAUGCAUUUGAUAAAUCUUGGGUCAAAUCCACAAGGUUGUUCUUUCAACAAACACUUGAUUGUGUGUGUGUGUAUGUGUGUGUGUGUGUGUGUGUGUGUGUUUAUCAAGUUGUAUUUACCUAGUUAUGAGAUGCAGGAAAAGAGCCAUACAACAUGAACCUAAGUAUGGCUCUUUUCCUGUAUCUCACACACACAAGGGUUUGUUAAAAGAAUAACCUUGCAGACGUGACUCAAGAUUUUUCAAAUGUAUUCAAACUAUAAAUUAUUUUAUUUAUAACUGCAUAAUUAGUUUUUUUCACAUACUUGCAUAAUGAAGGGCUUUUAUAGAAUGGUGAAACUCGUUACAUGAAUAUAUGAAGGUGUCAAAGAAACUAUGAAGUAGUCAGCUUCAUUUUGAUACACAAUAGUAGUUAUGUGUGCAAUACCUUACAUUUUAAAGUUAUAAGAAAGCCAUAAGGAAAAGCAUUUUGAGGAUAGAACCCCUGACAGGUCAAUAUUGUCUGUUUCUUAACUACACAUGCAUUUACAAAUAUUCUGAUUUUUAGCAAAGUAUUAUGUAUCUGAUUUUGUCUUGUAUAUCAGUCCUUGACAUUGUUUCAUAUCCUCACAUUGAUUUACUCAGAUUCUCUCUCUCUCUCUCUCUCUCUCUCUCUCUCUCUCUCUCUCUCUCUCUCUCUCUCUCUCUCUCUCUCUCUCUCUCUCUCUCUCUCUCUCUCUCAUAUCUCAGCCUUUAAUUUACAUCCAGUUCUUUACCUCUCCCACUGCUCACUACAUAAUGAUAAAUUCUUUAUUUCUACUUUCAACCAGUUAUAUUUAACCCAUUUAAACUCAACAAGUUUUUGUGUCCUAUACUUCUCUGUUCAGUUGUACAGAGAACCAUUAUAUCCUGUCUUCUUCAUGCACAAUAUUUGUAUGAUGUUCAUUGUUCUUGUAUCUACUUCACUUCCAUACACAAUGAGUAUCUAGUUCAGACAUAAUUCUGUUUCUUCAAGUAUGGAAUGCCAAGGGAAAAAAAAGCUUAACUUUAUGCUUUAUAUUUAUUUGCUUAUUUUUACAAUUAUGAUAUAUACUAAAAUGAUUACUCUGAUGUUAGCUGUGAAUUAACCAUGGUCAUUGAAUGGUGCCCACUAGACCUUCACUGACCUGACUUAAAAUGCUUGGUUUUGCAGUCUUGAUGACUGUCAGCUCUUGGCGCUGUCAAUAGAGACAGGAACAGUAGACUAGUGAUGACCUGUGAGUGUAGUGUGUUGAUGACUUGUGAGUUGUUAUUGACUGUUUUAGCAUCCAAAGGUACUCUUGCUUUGGAAUAUCUAGGGAAUUUGAGUCUGGGAACUGAGCUACUACCAAGGAACAGAAAAACUCUGUUCCCUUUUCUUCUUUUGAUCAAUUUGUAGCUUUUGUAUUGACAGGGAUUUUUCAUGUGUCUCAUUUUCCAGACUACAUUAUAGCUAAACACUGUUCACAUGUUUUCCUCAAUCUUGUAUGUUAUAUCUACUCUGUCUUGAUAUACUAUGACUUCUACUUCAUCAUGCUUUAUUGCUCUUCACAGACUUUUGAAAUAAUAUUGCUGUUUGUUGUUUUUACUUGGAAUAUUGUGCUUUUCUCUCUUUUUUCCUUUUUUUAUUAGUUGUCCAUACUCAUUUUUGCUUUCUUUUUGUAGCUGAAAAUAUACAUUAUAGCUGUGCUAGAAUUAUAAGAGAGUAUUGGCUUCUCUUACCAGGAUCAAACUCCACCUUUUAGCUCAAGCCAAGCACUGUACUGCAGAGAUACCCAAUGUGAGAACAUGGUGUUUCUUAAGGGCUGGUCCAUUUUGGCUAUAAAUUAUUUCUAGACUCUUGGACUCACCAUAUUAACUCUUUUAUUUCCCCAGGACUAAAUAUUGCUCCAUGCUUUCAAUACUUAAUCCAACAUUUAUAGUGAAUCUGCUAUGUAGUACCAAUGGGUUUUCUUACUAGUCACAUUCAUGAGUAUGCCCACAGUAUCCCUUAGCAGUGUCCCUUACCUGUUCAUGCUCUUGGAUUGUUCCAAUCCUGAUGCAGGAGCUUGGCUAUGUAAAUGAUUUGAAUAUUUUUGCUAGUGUCUCUCUCUCUCUCUCUCUCUCUCUCUCUCUCUCUCUCUCUCUCUCUCUCUCUCUCUCUCUCUCUCUCUCUC